AUGGAUAGACUAGCUCAGAUCACCAAUCCCGCCUUCAAGGAGGUCUUUGACCUGCUCAGCAGCCACGGCGAGCUAGGGACCUUCGUAUCAAUGGGAUUCGAGUUGAUAUUCGCACAGUCGGAGGACGAGGACCCAUUCGCAGGGCUUGAUGAGCAACGCCGAACCCUCAGGUCCUUGGUGACGCUUUCCGUGUAUCUGCGAAAGUUUAAAGAUCUAGCCCAGAGCAUUCUGAAAGAUGAUGACAAUCCAAGUGACACAAUGGGCCCGGAGACUUAUUUCGACGGGGGUGCGUUCAUGAUGGCCUUUCGCUUCAUGCAGGGAAACGGGGUCGAGAACUGGAAGAAGCGCGUCUUGUCCCUGGCGGCAGCAACCAGCUGCCUCAAGCUCGCUGGAUCCCUGACCCCGGCCGACCAGCCUUCCAAGCGAGCGAUCCGGGCCUACUGGCUAAGCGGUAUCCACGAGCACCUGUUUGACCUGAGUCCGGAUCUCGAGCAGAUUGCCGCCUCCAUCGUGGAGACCGAGCGAGCGCUCGCCGUUGCCCCCAAUCACCCCGAGAGCGGAAUCUGGCGCGGUGCGCUUGCCUCCCGGCUCUUCAAGCAGCACGAGCUAUCGCAAAAUAAGGAGCACUUGGGCAAGGCAUUUGGGAUCAUCCGGGAGCUCAUCGCGCACGAGCACACGGCCGGAAUGGCGGCGACUGCGCAUCUGCUGGCUAUUUCGCUGCACAGGCAUUACGAGCGCACUGGGGACACCGAGUCCCUCGAGGCAGCCACCACCUUUGUAGAGCGCGCAGCUAGAGCAGCCGAGCUGUCAUGGGGCUUGCCAGAGAUUGGAAUCGAGUCGGACAAGUUCACACGGAUCACGUAUAUCAACUCCAAGGCCGCGGCAUCCCCGCCCGUGAAUCAUACGCUGAGCGCAAUCUCUCUAUCGCGGUACAUCCGAUACCGCGACAUGAAGGAUCUGGAGAGGGGAAUCUCGAUCACGGAGCGUGCCCUGCGUUCGACCGCAGAGGAAAGCUCUAGAUACCCGGUCCUUUCGACAUCGCUGGGGAGGAUGCUGUUACACCGGUACCUUGUGAGCAAAGACACCGCAGACCUCGACAAGGCCAUCUCAUCUGCCGACUCGGCGAUCGAGCGCUACAACGCUCUCAUGGAAACGGACUCGGUUUACACGGCGCUGGCUGCGGGUCGAGGCCAGUCUCAGGCCCACAAGCUUCGAGGCGAUCUCUAUGCAAUAAAAUGGGAGCUACGACACUACUUCUCCGAGGGGUACGGGGCGCGAUUGCAUUACCAAAUCGCUCUGGGAUGGUCAGCCGACGACCACGAGCACUAUCGCGAGCAGUACGAGUGUCUGCAUAGUCUCGCAAAACACAUCAGCAACGAGAAGGGCCAUGAGACCAUGAGGGCGUCCGAGACGGAGGUCGACUUGCUGGGAGCUCUGUUCAGAGUUGUCGACAGCAAAGCCGCGCCGGCCCUCGUCCGGAUCCAGUCUGCCCGUCUCGCUCUCCGCCUGCUCGGCCAAAACAGCAGCUGGGAAGAGGCAAGUUCCAGCGCACAGGGCGCAUUGAAGCUCCUGUCGCAAAUCUGCGUGCGGUUCAUGAAGCGCGAGGAUCAGCAGUACGCUAUUGCGCAGACGUCGGGGCUCGCUGCCGAUGCGUGCUCGGUCGCACUCAAGGCUGGGAAUGUACAGCGGGCGUUGGAAGUUGUCAAAUUCGGCCGGGGCCUGAUUUUGGGAUACCUUAUGGACGCGCGCUCGGAGCUCAUUUGGUUGCGGAGCAAGGACCCAGGGCUGGCAGACCGCUACGAGGGGCUCCUGGCGAGGGCUGCUCGCCCCAUAUCGACCGACUCUCGUGAGCGGCAGGAAGACCUAUUAAGGCAGCGGGUGGACGCUGUUACCCAGCUUGAAGAUACCCUAGAGGAGCUCCAAUCCAAGGGGUUCUUCGUACAGCCUACGCCCGCCGAGCUGCAGCGCCAUGCCGCCACGGGACCCAUCAUCAUUGUCAACCUCACGGACAUUGGAAGCGAUGCUAUCAUACACGCCAGCGACACUAUCCGCGCAGUGCCCCUCCCAGAAAUGAUGGCCGGGGAAGUUCCUUCGAGGCUCAGGGCGCGGAUCGGUAGCUUCCGAGGCCUGGACAUCCGAGGCGAGAUAGCGGACCGUGAUCUCGCAACCGAUCUGGAAGACAGUAAAUCCACGGAUAGUGACUUGCUCAACUGGCUGUGGAGCACGUGCGUGCAAAAGGUGCUCGUCGAGCUCAGAACAAUGGGGGCGCUGCUGUCUCGAGACACUCGGGUCUGGAGGAUUGGAACUGGCGUCGCCAGCGGGCUCCCUUUCCAUGCGGCGGGACGCCCCGAAGCAGGCUCCAUGGAGAACACGCUGGAUCAUUGCAUCCCGUCGUAUACACCCGGUAUAAAAGCCCUCGGCUAUGCACGCGAGUGUGCGGCCCGAGUCGCACAGUCGAAGCCUACACCAACACCGACAUCCAUUCUUAUCGUUGCAAUGCCUACAACUCCCGGCCACAGCCCUCUGGCCGGAGUACGCGCAGAAACCACAGCAAUCCAGGGUUUGGCGCAGACACACAUCUCCGUUGGAAGCGGGGACCAAGUCCCGUACGCGACCAAAACCCUCGAGCAUCCAUCCCAAGCAGCCACCCUUGGCGAGAUGGGAAGCCACGACAUUAUCCAUUUCGCAUGUCACGGCGCCUCUGACCCCGCCGACCCAUCAGGCAGCCACCUCCUUCUCCAGAAACCGUGCGGAGAAUCUGGACCUGGACAGCACAGCCCCAAAGUCGCCGCCGUCGUCGACCCGCUCACGGCAUCCGCCAUCUCAACCUCCAACUCCCUGGGCCGCGUAUGGAUCGCCUACCUGUCCGCGUGCUCCACGGCACAGGUCACAGCGGACGCAUUUAUCGACGAGAACAUCCACCUCGCGAGUGCAUUCCAGGUUGCGGGGUUUGCGCAUGUCAUUGGGACCUUGUGGCGUGCGGAUGACGGGGCCUGUGUGCAGCUGGCAGUGUCGUUCUACAGGGCGCUCGCCAAGAGGCGCGAUAUGAGUGCGGCCGGGUCGGUUGCGAGUGCCCUGAGAGAAUCCGUGCUCGAGCUGCGGCGGUGUUUUGCCGAGAGGCCGAGUUCGUGGGCGCCGUUUGUGCAUUUUGGUGCUUGA